AUGUGCUUGUUUGCAGAUUGCACACUGAACGAGACGAAUAAGAUUUGUUCAUGCAUGCCGGGACACUACUGGAGUGAGGACAUGUGCAAAAACUAUGACUGCUGCAAUAACAGCUGCACGCUAAAACUUAAUGACAUUGCUGUAUGUCUGCCUGAAACAAGAGGCCUCAUCGCUAUUAACGGUCCUCAGAAGGCAAUUGAUAUCGGCUCCUCUGCAAAUAUAGCUUGUACUCCACCAGAAGAUCUGGGAAAGGUUAAGUGGUUCUUAACAGAUGUGCAGAACAAAACAACAGAGAUCACAACAGGAAAAGAGGCCACCUUGACUCCGACCAACUUGACGGACAUUGUUAAACUAAAUGAUAUUUCAGGAAGCUGGAAAGGAACACUUAAAUGUGUGUACCAAAGAGGGUCCAUAGAACACACAGCAAGUACAGUGUUGGACAUAGCACUUCUGCCAGAAAUACAGGCUAUGAGCAAGCCCCAAUUUCCUGACUGUAGAGAAGCAAAUACAAAAUUGGUGGUUGAAAUUGAGUGUAAAAUUUUAAACGACAGCGAAAAUUACACUGUUACAUGGGAUAGUAAUUUUACUGACCCCAAAACAGAACUACAACGCCAGGAGAAUUUUUUAUCUUACAAAUUAAAGGGGACCAUAAAUUGUGUAAAGAAAAAAGAGGCAGAGAAUGUCACGUGUACAUUCACAAACACCAGAGCCAAAAUUAACAAAAUCAGAUCUCAGACUGUGCAGAUUCCCAUUAUUAAUGCCGAUUCGAAAUUCUGUGAAGGAGAAGGUGUGUGGCCCAUCACAAAAAACAAUUAUACGGCCCAACUGUCUUGUACGUACAGUGCUGUUGGUCUGACAAGGAGAAAUUGCAUUAACCAAAAUUGGGAAAAGGAAAUCUCUUCUUGUGUGAUUGCUGACCUACAUGAUGUUAAACUGGCUGUAGAGAUAUUAGAUAAAGGUAUUGGCUUUAUUAAGAACGAUGCUGACCACCUUUUCAGACAAAUACAGCUUUCAACCAUUAAGGAGACAUUCAACUCAUUUUCAAAUAUUAAUACAUCUGUAGACAUUUUCCAAGCCAUGAACAAUGUUUCUAUACAGCAGUCGAAUCAAUGGAAUGAUACCAUCAUGCCUGACUUUGUAAGCUCUAUAAGCAACACUUUGAAUGACACAAAAGCCUGGAAAAAUCCUGAAACUGAAAACACAAGUUUAUCUGUAACAUUUCUACAGACUAUUGAGGAAAUGAUGCGCAAUUCAAAUCUGAACUCGAAUAAUUCUCUUAUUUAUAAAAAUGUUAAACUGGUUCUCUGUAGAAAGGCCAAAGGGGAACAUUGCAGCGGCUUUAAUUCCAACGUCAGCACAGUCGAUAGUGCUGUCGUCAUUGGAUUCCAGAACCUUCAUGAUAUUUUACCACAGUAUAAUAGUAGACCCUUAGAGACCAACAUCUUGUCAGUUACCACUGUAAAUAAUACCAAUAACAGUCAUUCCAACCGUGUUCAGAUGAUGUUCGAUUACGCUGAAAAAAGAGUAAGGAAUCAUGAAAUGUAUUGUGUUUUCUGGGAUGUAAAUAAGGCUAUGUGGUCUUCAGAGGGGUGUACAUGGGGUGGUGCGGUAAAUCAAAAGUUGUGCACAUGUGAACACAAUUCUGCGUUCACCAUACUGAUGUCUAAAGAGGCAGAGACCCUUCCGUAUAUGAAGGAACUGACCUACGCUGGCUUAGGAGUAUCCAUCGUCUCACUUGUUCUGUGUUUAAUCAUUGAGGUUUUGGUAUGGGAUAAAGUUGUAAAAUCAGACAUCUCUAAUUUUCGACACGUGGCCUUAGUCAACAUCUCUUUCUGCUUGCUGAUGGCACACUGUGGAUUUUUAGCAUCACCCGAUCUGACAGAAAUCACCUCAAACUGGUGCUCCUUCCUCACAGUAUUCAAACACUUUUUUUUCCUCGCCGUCUUCUUCUGGAUGCUGUGCUUGAGUUUCGUGCUUCUUCACCAACUGAUAUUUGUCUUUGAGCAGCUGAGGAAAAAGGUUUUUGUGGUAUUGUCUAUCACUGUCGGUUACGUAUGCCCUUUAAUAUGUGUGGCAACAACCUUCAUUACUUUCGAGAACGGUCAAGAAAAUGAAUACUAUUCCAAAGAUACUUGCUGGCUCAUAUAUCGGGGUGUGUUGAAGGGCUCCAUCUUUUCCUUUGUAAUUCCUGCCAUAACUAUUGUGAUUGUAAACUUUUUUACGCUGGUUGUGGUGAUUAUGAAGAUAGUGAAUCCUACUUUGUCGGAGUCAAAGGCACGGGAUCAAAAGGAAGUUGCCAGGAGUAUGAUUAAGACAAUAGUUUUCCUAAGCCCUGUCCUCGGAAUAACUUGGCUCCUCGGAAUUUUGGUGCUGUACCUUGAUCUUACACAAAAACCUUUUGCCCAAAUUGUGGGCUACACAUUUACAUUGUUGAAUUCACUGCAGGGCUUUUUGAUACUGCUGACAAACUGCUUGGGAGAGAAAAAGGUUUGUGAUGCACUUCUGAAGCGUUUCAAAUCCAAGCAAUCAGUGCAGCCUAAAAAUGAUAGCUCAACGAAAGCGACAUCUUCAGUUAUGAUGAAAUAAAGAUUGAAAAGAUUAAAGCAUGUGAAUGAUUUAGAUGAUUCUAAACGUACUGAAAGAGACGAAACUCGUUGGAAACAUAAAAAACAUCAUGGAUUAAAUUCUUUCACUUUCAACAGCUAUAAAGCAGUUUUCUAGAACACUGUACAAUUGUUUGAGAUAUUGUAGCCCAUAGGAUUUAAAUAUUUUUAGACGUAUUCAUGUUAGUCAUAUUUAUAUUCAUAUUUAGAUUGAAUGUAUUUAGGGUAAGUUAAUUUUUCUUCUUAUUUUAGAAAAAGGUUUAUUCAAUUUGAUGUAUAUUCAUUUUCAAUUAUAAUUAUGCUUGUAUGUCUAAAGCCUACUUGGUAUUACAUAAAACUGGUGAAAGUCGUAGAUGAAUAUGAAUGUUGGCAUAUAAUUUAGUCAAUGAGUUCAUUUUUCUUUAUUCAUGUACAGUAUAUUUAUGUUAAUAUAAUCAUGCUUGUGCGUCUACUUGGUAUUAUUUAACAACUGGUGAAAGUCAUAAAUGAAUAUGAAUUUUAGCUUGUAAUUUAGAUCAUUUUCAUUUUUGAAAAUGGU